CUGAGAUUUGCAGAAAAUACAGAGACACUCUUCAGUCUGAUAUACUUUUCGUUUAUAAUAAUGUGUCUUUUAGCAUUUUGUACAACACUUUUCAUGAUAUCGAUAAUUGAAGACAGAUACUCAUUUCAGUGCCUUCAUUUGAUAUUUUAUCAAUUAUCUAUCUUCAUUAUGCUUUUUAUACCUUGCUGGUUUUCGACACAAGUUAAUAUAAAGAGUGAAAAAAUUCCUUUUGCAGCUUAUUCUUGUGCUUGGAUUGAAACUUCAAAUAGUUCGAAAAAAGAUUUGAUUAUAUUUAUAAAUAAUACACAACAUUCCAUACAGUUUAAAGCUUGGAAUCUUGUAGAUCUAUCUUUAGAAACCUUUAUGGCGGUUAUGAAAACGUCAUUUUCUUAUUACACUAUACUAAAUAGUUUAAUUAUCGAAGAAGAUUGAUGUGAAAUCAUGUUUAAGUGGAAAUUUUAUGAUAAGUUAGCAAAAAAUAAACUCUAAAACAA